UUUCAUUGUUUGAUAAUGUAGUGUAAUGUGUUGUAACCAUUGAUUCCAUGGCUAAACCGUGCAGUAAUUUAACACGUUGUGAGUUUUCUCCGUUGCCAACACGAGAGCAUCCAUUUUUCAGGCAAUCAAGCAGGCCAUUUGAAGCGAAUGAAAAGAAUAUCUGCAGAAGGAGAUAAGGCACAACUUUGUUUAAAUUUGUGUUAUUUGUAGAUGAAAAAGUCCAGCUUCUCAGACUAGAUGGCUGAUUCUCACUUAAUUGAAAAGCUGAAGUUUGGCAAACGGUACAUCCUGGCGGAUAUCGUGCUUGUGCCGUUAUCGUUCGCCCCAAAACAUGCCGGUCCCAACGCAGAUUAUUUAAUACCCGCGCGGAAUAAGUAUCUUACGCGCGACAUUUGGCAAUCGUUCGUUUACCGGGAGUUGUUCGAUGUUUUCCGCAAGCAUUUACCCCAACACGAGCGGGAUAACGGCAAACGGGAGUUUGAGGUGAACCGAGAGUACCGUGUGCGCUGUUCCGAACUCCCCUACCUGCAGAUGAAGUACAAAUUCCGAGAUAUACAGUUUCGCAAUGUGUUAAAUACCCUUUGGAGCCAUUUGACAGACAGCCCUUUGGAGGAGCCAUCUUCUUUGCACGAGAUCAGUAUCUGUGUUGAGAUUAGCGAUCAAGGCCAAGCUCUUUUCAGCGAGUGUGAUGACCGCAAACGCAAAAAGGUGAUCAAGCGAUUGGUAAAGGGAAUCGAUGGCCUAACUGCAGCACCAACUUGUGAAACAAGCACACUAACCUCCGCAAACGUUGAGCGAUACCCAAGGGUUGAGGAGUACUGUCCGGAACCUGUCCAUCGAGGACGACAAAAGAAUGCAGUGUCACAGAUCUCCGAGUACGUUCCAGUUACCUUGAAUGGCCACCCACCGGGAACAAAGUGCACAUACAAACCAUCAAAAGUAAUCGACACUGGGAGACUGCAGGACUUCCGGUCUGAACCGGAUCCGUACACACCAGAUGCGGGAGAGCGACCAAUGAAUGUGUCGUACACUCCUACCUCCACAAAUCGACUUUUUGAACAGGAAAAACAAAAGCGGAACUCUGUACAGAGACCCAAAGGAGCAAGCACCUUAUUUGGGUCUGAAAACGAGGAAUAUGAGCCCAUCGGGCCGCAGAUUGACAAAUUGAUGGGAAGUGGGUGCCGAGAGGAUAGGUCCUCAGAUAAAAAUACCUUGCGCGAUGAAGGAAGAACAGGUUCUAGCGGUUACAACUUACCCACGAAGAAAAGCUAUUCAGUUGUUCACAAGCGGGAAGAGUCAUCACGGAAUGCCAAACAAAGAAUCUGACAUCUUUGAACGUUGCGCAGAUAAAAGAAAAACCUUCCACCUUCGAAAUCCGAGGAAAUUUGCCGUUGAGCGUGAAUUGCAAAAGUAGUGCAAUAAAAAAAACGAAAACCGGAAAUAGAGCGAAUACGGACUAAAAGAACGUAACAGAGCUGCAAUGAAAAAAUAUCUAGUAAGUUGUGCUAUUUCGCGGAUCUAGAGAACAUGUUGAACAUGACCAUUGCCCAAUCUGCGUAUGAAAAUUUCGAUGCCGCAAUUAAAAGCGCAUGCGAAUGCCUAUUUUUGCACAAUUUUGCGACGUUGCCUAUUUUUACACAAUGGCUCAAAUCUAAUAGACAUCUUGUGCCACUCGAUCAAGCAUCAGUAAUCUAUGCAAAAUAUAAAUAUUUUAGCACCAAUUUACACGCUGGAAGUCAUCACAAGAAAAUGAUUAUCUUAUCACGUAUACCAUAGCGUACUAAAUAUAUAUCUAUCUAAAGAUAAAACACAAAAUAUCACAGACAAAAUAUUACAUUUUUAGUGCAAUAAAA